CCAGAGAAAGACACGCAAUCCGCCCCCAUCGGUGAUCCAGAACCGCCCCCUCUGCUGCGGCUGAGACAAAUAAUAAGUAUAUCCUUCCCUCCGUUCUAUCAUGGUUCUUUUCUGAACCGGCUUUCCCCUGUUUCCCAAGUCCAUUAGGUGUCUUUCGUUCGUUCUUUUCUUGACCACUCCCUAAUCAUGCCUCGGUCUCCUUCGCCCUCUCUUCGCAAGAGGGGCGGCAAGAAGGAGAGUACUCCUGUGCCCCAGGAUAAUCUUUCUUCUCCUUUGUCGUCCAAAGCGAGUGCUCCGCGUUCAGAAUGGGAUUAUCGGCUGGCCAUAACCGUUCUGACCGUCCUCGCCUUCAUCACUCGAUUCUACAAGAUUUCCUUCCCCAAUGAGGUGGUGUUUGACGAAGUGCACUUUGGAAAGUUUGCCUCGUACUACCUCCAGCGCACUUACUUCUUUGAUGUUCACCCUCCAUUCGGCAAACUCCUUUUCGCUUUCAUGGGCUGGCUGGUCGGCUAUGAUGGCCACUUUUUGUUCGACAACAUCGGUGACUCGUACAUCGAAAACAAAGUCCCUUACGUGGCUCUCCGGGCCAUGCCGGCCACUCUCGGCGCCCUGACAGUCCCCGUCGUGUUUCUGAUCAUGUGGGAGUCUGGAUAUUCGCUGCCCGCUUGUGUACUGUCUGCAGGUCUCGUUCUGUUUGACAACGCUCAUGUGGGAGAAGACCGACUGAUCCUGCUGGACGCCUCCUUGGUGCUGUCCAUGGCCCUGAGCGUCCUGUGCUAUGUUCGUUUCUACAAGUUGCGUCAUGAGCCAUUCGGGCGGAAAUGGUGGAAGUGGCUGCUCCUGACGGGUGUCUCGCUCAGCUGUGUCAUCUCUACCAAGUACGUCGGUGUCUUCACCUUCGUCACCAUCGGUUCGGCCGUCAUGGUUGAUCUGUGGAAUCUGUUGGAUAUCCGGCGCCCUGGCGGUGUUCUCAGCAUGGUCCAGUGGGGUCAACACUUCGCGGCCCGUUCCUUUGCCCUGAUUGUUGUGCCCUUCUUCUUCUACCUGUUCUGGUUCCAGGUCCACUUUGCCAUCCUGACCCGCUCUGGUCCCGGCGACGACUUCAUGACCCCAGAGUUCCAGGAAACUCUGAGUGACAAUGUGUUGAGUGCGGAGUCCAUCGGCAUCGAGUACUUCGACACCAUCACCAUGAAGCACAAGGAUACCAAGGUUUUCCUGCACAGUCAUUGGGAGAAGUACCCCCUGCGUUACGACGAUGGCCGUAUCUCCAGCCAGGGCCAGCAGGUCACUGGAUACCCUUACAAUGACACGAACAACCAAUGGCAGAUCAUCCCCACCGUGCCCCUGGAUGUCACUGAGACCGGCGGACACAAGGUGCGCAACGGCGACAUUAUCCAGCUCCGUCACACGGGCACCGAUACCAUCCUGCUCACCCAUGAUGUCGCCUCCCCCUACUUCCCGACCAACCAGGAAUUCACCACCGUCCCCCUGGAGAUUGCCAACGGUGACCGACACAACGACACGCUGUUUGAGAUCAAGAUCGAGAACGGCAAGCCUCGCCAGGAAUUCCGGACUCUUUCGAGUCACUUCAAGCUGCUUCACGUGCCCACUCGUGUGGCCAUGUGGACCCAUACAACGCCGUUGCCCGACUGGGCCUUCAAGCAAGCGGAGAUCAACGGUAACAAGAAUAUCCUCCAGACCAGCAACCUUUGGUUUGCUGAAACCAUUGAGUCCUUGGAAGAGGACAGCCCCCGUCUGAUCAAGGAGGAGCGCGAGGUCAAGCACCUGCCCUUCUUCCGCAAGUACCUUGAACUGCAACGGGCCAUGUUCUUCCACAACAACGCCCUGACCAGCAGCCACCCAUACGCGAGUGAGCCAUUCCAGUGGCCUUUCCUACUCCGCGGUGUCAGCUUCUGGACCAAGAACGACACUCGGGAGCAGAUCUAUUUCCUCGGUAACCCGGUUGGAUGGUGGAUUGCAAGCAGUCUGUUGGCUGUCUUUGCCGGUGUGAUCGGUGCCGACCAGCUGUCUCUGCGUCGCGGUGUCGAUGCUGUGGAAGAGAUCUGGGGCCACGGCGCCCGUUCCCGCCUAUACAACAGCACGGGAUUCUUGUUCCUGUGCUGGGCGGCUCACUACUUCCCCUUCUGGCUGAUGGGCCGUCAGCGUUUCCUGCACCACUACCUCCCUGCCCAUCUUGCUUCUGCUCUCGUGACUGGCGCCCUGAUCGAGUUCAUCUUCAACCUGGAGCCGAUCUCGGUCGUCCAACGCAUCAGCGGCGAGGACGACCCGUCGGGCAAGGCCAAGGCCACCGCUCGGAUUGGGCGCUUCGUCAGCGCCAAGGAACGCAUGGGUACGAAGUCCCUGGUGGCGGGCUGGAUCGCUACUCUGGUCAUCCUGUCCGGUACCAUCUACGGCUUCUGGUUCUUCGCCCCGCUGACGUACGGCACUCCGGGUCUGGAUGUGCCGGGUAUCCUCGCACGCAAAUGGCUGGGCUAUGACCUGCACUUUGCCAAAUAGAUGGCGAGUUAUAGUUGGAUAAGCCUGCAGUUGGCAGGGCGGAGGAAUCCGGCUGGGUGACUCCGGGGAAACCGGAGUAGGCGUUCUGUAAGAUAGGUGUAUUGGGGUCAGACUCUUCUUGCUUUCGUCCAGAGUGGCGGGUUGCUAUUUGCGGGGAAUACCCGUCGGGUGUGUUCUGAAACCGCGCCCCUUGCCUGUCUGGAUAUUUUUGCUCGAUUCUCUGGAUUCUCCUGUUGAUAUAGCGUGUGAAUGUUUAAUGCUCAUCCUCGUCCACUAUCUCGUAGAGAAAGCGUCG